AGUGGAUAAAGUGAAGAAAGAAGAAGUACAAUAAAUACUCAACACAAGAUUCUGAUGAGGGGCAAACUGUGGGCAAAUUUAUAUUUCACCAAAGUGCUAAGGAGUAAUUGUUCAACAUGUGGAGCUUUCUAGUUCUUUUUUCCUGCGCAUUUUCAGCUGGGUCUUUGACUACUGUAACUGCUCCAGUGGGAGGAAAGGUCACCAUUAAGUGUUCACAUUUCCUGGCCCACCUCAAUAUCAAAUAUUUCUGCAGAGACCCUUGUGCUGAAGGGAAUGUUCUCAUUAAGUCUGAGACGGGAGAAAGAGAGACUCGUAGAGGGAGAUAUACUCUACACAAUAUGGGGACAGAGUUCACAGUGAUUAUCGCUGGCCUGCGGAAAUCAGACUCUGGGACGUAUAUCUGUGCAGUUGAGAGAUUAGUAAAGGACACUUUCCAGUAUGUGACUCUAUAUGUGAUUGAAGGCUCGACACAAAUGCCUGUCCCAGUAAGUACAUCCAGACAACCUGCAAGAAGAACAACAAGAGAAACAACAGAAAAUAAAGGAACGUCAGUGAUUUCGAAGUGGACUGCAGCUUCAACACCACCAGUAACCUCAAACAGAUCAGCAGUGUCUGAACAUUUGUUUUAUAUUGCCGCUGGUCUUGGCACACUUGUGCUGAUUUUAACAGUCCUCCUCUUCAUAUUUAUCAAACAAAAGUAUAAGCAAAAGAGAUGCUCCUCCACUGUGACAUCAUCAGUACAUCUAUCUGAUUCAUAUAACUAUGCCACACUGAACUUCACAUCACAAUCAGACAGUCUGUACUAUUCUUCUGUGGUUUUUAUCAAGGAGCCUGACUGCAAUAUCAACAACAGUGAGAAGGUUUUAGGGGAAGAAACACUUUAUUCAUCUGUUCGGACUUAGCAGGAAUCAAAUGCCAUUGAUUUAUACUCAAUGAUCUAUUCCACUGUUACAAAAUUGUUUGAUUUGUUGAUUUGAUAAAUAAGCUUUGAAUUUAUAAUUAAAAUAAAUUGUAAUUGUUGCAAAUUCUAAAAAUUCUGCCAAAUCGCCAAGGCUAUUUUGUCCAUUUGCCCAACUAUUAAUGUAUGAUCCAAAUGUAUAAAUUGUGACAUUUCAGAUUGGAGAGUUGUAAACAGGUCAGUGUGCACAGUGUACAGAAGGUGAGUGAUGCAUACCAGCCAGUAUUUUUUAGUAACAUUAUCAGUAGUCCAUGAAAUUGUUAAUACUCACCAGUGCUUAGAUGGGUGUAAAUAGUUUCCAGUUUUCAGUUACCGAUACCAUUGUAGAAAUUCACUAUUUACAGUCAUCCAUUAUUCAUUUAAUUCACUACUGAAAGUGUCCAAUAACAGGGUGGUUACUGAGAUUUAGCGAGUAGUAUUCAGCUGGUCAUGUGAUCCUAACAUGGCAGCCCCCAUGUGGUGACCCUCUCCAUGUAGAAUAAAACAGCUUUUAUUAGGAUACUAAUAUGACUGGAGUCUUUAUCUCAUGUGAGUGCUUAUAAAUGUAUACAUCUGUUUCAAAAUUACUAUUCAUUUCUUUGGAAGUACAAUGUUCUGUGAGUGCACCGUGUAACUAUUAACAUGUUUCACUAACAUUUGACAACAACAAAUGCUACAAUAAUUUUUCUUUGUCUUCAUUUACAAAACUAUAUCUAUUGCAAGUGUAUUGGGGCCAUUGUAUGUUGGUUUUAUACAUAUAAAACAUAAAAUGAAUGAAUGGUUGUCUAAUAAUGAAAAGACUGUAAAAGAGUUUUGAACUUAUGAACUCUCAUACUUGUAAAGAAAUGCACGUGUGUGAAUUUAGUGAGACUAGAAUUCACAUUGCAUCACAGUAACCUCACUGAUGUCAAAAGAGCAGAAGUAGAAGUUAAUGCGGAAACAGAAGAUUCUGAUGAGAGGGUAAAUCAUUCUCUUUUAUGAAAGUCCUGAAGAGAAAGAAACUUUUCACUAUGUGGAGCUCUCUAUUUUUCUUCUGCUGUGUCUUUACAGCUGGGUCUUUGACUACUGUAACUGCUCCAAUGGGAGGAAAGGUCACCAUUAAGUGUUCACAUUUCCUGGCCCACCUCAAUAUCAAAUAUUUCUGCAGAGAGACUUGUGCUGAUGGGAAUAUUCUCAUUAAGUCUGAGAUGGGAGAAAGAGAGACUCGUAGAGGGAGAUAUACUCUACACAACAUGGGGACAGAGUUCACCAUGACCAUCACUGCCCUGCAGAAAUCAGACUCUGGGACGUAUAUCUGUGCAGUUGAGAGAUUAGUAAAGGACACUUUCCAGUAUGUGACUCUAUAUGUGGUUGAAGAUAACAAGAUCACUGAGGUCUCAACUGCUCGCAGUAGGAUCUCAACAUCCUAUUCAAAGACACCAGAUCUGAAUCUUCAAUCAACCAGCAUCACACCCAAUGAACAGUCUCUUGCUUCGACAUGUUCCAUUGUUAUUUUCAUCAUUGCAGGGGUUUUGCUUUUGCUCCUCAUUGGUCCUACUUUGGUUAUAGUGUCCAUCCGAAUGAAAAAACAGACUUGUGAUCUGAUCUCAUCUUCUGCUGAAGGGUUUUGUCCUGCAUUUAGAAAAGGAGAAGAGAUAGAAAAUGAGAAUGUGACCUCAACAGUCCUUCCAGGUUCACCAGCAGCAUACAGUGCUGAAACAUCUGCUUCAGAUGAGUUUCACAGACCUACAAACACCGAACCAGGAAACAUGGCCGAUCCUCAUAGGGAUUCCUACUACAUCAAUGUUUCCCCACCAGUAACAGAUUGCUUGGAUCAAGAACUUGACACCAGUAGUAGGAGUCAUGUGUAUCAGUGUCUUAUAACUGAUUCUGUUCAACAGUCGGUCUAUCACAGUAUUAAUCGAACUACAGACUGCCCAUAGAAUCCUUAAUAUGAACUUCAGAGUUUUUUACUCAACAUCAUUAAGGGGAGACCGGGGAGAUAAGCGAACAUCAUAAAUCCACACCGGAAACUAUAUUAUGGAGGCAGAUUUUUACUGAAAGGGUUAAAUGUGUUCUUAGGACAAAGACAUUUUUCAGUUUGGGGCAAGUGUUUUAAAUGUAUUCAAUUAAAAUUAUAAAUCUUUACAAUGUAUCAAUGAUGAUAUUUGUUGGCCAGUAACAAUGCUUUGAUAUUUGUGUGCGUUACCUUUCCAAUUUUUGUCGUUUAAUGAAUUUUUUUGUGCGCCAUAACCGUUUACUUGUUAACUUUUGCUGAAAAAAGCCUGGAAUAGUCUGCUUAAUGCAGGCAUGGAUUUAAAGAGAGGUGUACAUUUUGGUUGUGGUGAUAUGGAGGUCACAGGGCAACCUAAUUUAAGCCUCAGUAUGUAAUGUACGUUGCAGUCUUGAAAGUGUAAAAAUGGAAAGAGUAUAAAAGUGUUCAUUAAUCUCCAUCUCAUAAAGCAAAGGGGAUCAUUUAGUAAAUUCAGCAAACAUCUAAUCUUGAUUAGGAGAGUGGCUAAUCAUCAUAUAAACCGAUCUAUGUGGUUCUGAGAACUGCACAGGUACGAGACUCAGGAAAGUGAUGAAAUAGAAAAGUGUGGGUGAGCUUAGUUUGACUAGAGGUCAAACUUAUGGCAGUAAGGAAAAUGAUUGCUUCAGUUGUAAUAAAUACAAUAUGGAAUGAAAGGGGGUUGUAUAGAGUAUUCCUGGCACAACAUACCUAAAAUAUAGAGUCGUUUUGUAAAGCAUUUUAUUGAACGAACAGAAACAAAUCCACUGCAAAGAGGAAACAGGUUGUGGUUAGUGAACACAGGUGGAGCUCACAAAGAGUUAAACAAAGUUGACUGUUAGAUUCCUGAAGCAUUUUCACACAUAAUGCCUCUCAACAUCACACAGAUGUAUCGACGGUCAGCUCUAGUAUCGAGCAGUUGAAUCUAUUAAUGGAAGAAUGGAGUAUUAUUGUAUAUUUGAUGCAUUUAAAGUUGUUAGACAGUUUUGGGUUGUUUUUCAUAUGAAUGUGUGACCAUAGAAAUGAGAUUCUCACUAGAAGACAUAUUUCUGGUGAUCAAUAAGCUCUAAAAGAUCUUUAAAAAAAUAAAAAAUAAAAAUGUUUUAAUGAUGUUUUAAAUGAAGCAAGUGUCCUCAUGUCCUGCUAGUGUUUGUGCAGUUGUGGUGGACAGUACGCUGUGUGCGGACAUUAUAGUGAGUCAUUAAGUGUUAAAACUUAGCCUAGCUGUGGCGUAAAUGGGCACUAAGUCACAAUUUUUGCACUACUAAAUAUUUGAGCGUUGCACCAUCAAACUUAGGUAGGACGUAACCCUACAUAUAAACUAAUACGUACAACAUCUACUGUUGUUAUGAUCCGUUUUCUUCUCAAUUAUUUCUGCUGUCAUUUACGUUUCUCAGCUCCAGAAACCCCAAGACCUGCUCAUUACUCCAUCUCUACCUCCACCCAAUGACCAUCACUACCUCCAUCUGCAAACAUAAUCACUAACCACAUCACAGGUACACACGCACGCAUGCACACACAUGCAAUCACUGACUACAACAUCAACACAUGCAUACAUUUUCUACAAGAUGCUAACGUGAAGAUACGUACAGUAUGUUUACAUGCGAGUAGAGAAUCUGUCAGAGUGGUAACUUUACUCAAAACAAUAACAGCUUGUAAAUGUAACUGUUGGUACUGUAUGUUAUGCUACUGCAUUGUUAUUUUUAUAAGAAACCCAAUUUAAGAUCGAUCUUUGCUGUAGUUACUGUUUAUUCACAAACACUGGUCAAAACAAUAUAAGCUCCAUGAGAAGGAUGAACUUGAAUGUAUAUGAUGUCUUGUAUCACCCUGAAGGGGUUUAUUUGCAAUAAUGACCAACUGACUGUAAAUUAUCCAGCUUAUUACAUGGCUACUUACAAAGAUAGACAUUUAAUAAUGAUUUGAAUUAAAUGUAUGUAAUUAUGUGAGAAGAAAGAGACUGCAGAGUCUCCAGAAACUGCUGAAUUCAUCAACAUCACUUUAUUUCUGGAUGUACAGUCAUUAUUCAGAAAAAUCAGACAGCUGCAUAACGCAACUGACAAAUCAGAAUUCCAGAAAACCAUGUAAAAAAUAUUAGAGGUAGACUGAUAGGUUUUACUGAUUAUUUAUAAACAUGUGUGGUGUCUUGUUAAAUGUCGACAGCUGAAAAUUGAUCAGUU